GAGGAAAAGGAGUACCCAGAUGGAUGGAAGCUAUUGCUACCCACCAUCGGCAUCUGUCUGACAAUCAUCCUCGUAUCCCUCGACUUCUCCAUUAUGGCCACAGCGGUUCCUGCAGUCACUUCUGAGUUCCACACGGUGGAGGAUGUAGGCUGGUAUGGCAGUGCCUACCUUCUGACUACCGCGUCCGCGCAACUCCUCGUGGGAAGCCCCUACACAAUAUCCAGUAUCAAAUGGGUCUUCCUGACAUCGCUGUUGACCUUUGAGCUGGGAAGUGUCAUCUGUGGCGUAGCGCCGAGCUCCGUCGUUCUUAUUCUGGGACGCGCCAUUGCUGGCUGUGGGGAUGCUGGGCCUCUGUCCGGUGCACUGCUCAUUGUGGGUCAGAGUGUACUACUCGAACGACAUCCGUUGUUUGCGUGA